GCCCAGAACCCCAGCAGUGCCAACGACUUUGGCUCCCACCCAUCCACCUGCGACCCUGUUGGACGCGGACGACUGUGACUGGAAAGAGACAGCCGGAAAAGCUGAGCUUUACGUGGACCCAGCCCUCGUGCGGCGAGUGGUUCACCGAAAUUGGCAGCUCUUCUUCCGAUCGGUUGCCGCUGGAGCGACACGACCGGUGGCGGAGACCUUUGAGUUGGUCUCCGUUGUGGGCGGCCGGUUUCGGUUCGUGCUUUCGGAGCAUGGCCCUAACUACCUGGAAUGGCGAACCGAGGUGUGGACCAAUGAUAGUAGCGCCUCGAUCUUCUCCGGCCUGGCGAUCCCCUUCCAAACAGGACCCCCGGACUGUGACCUGGAGCUCUCCGGGCCCGUUGCCUUCUACCGACACCUCUCCCCUCAGAACUUCCAGUAUGGGCACCUUCUUCUGGAUCUCCUGCCGCUCCUCCACUUCCUGGCGACAGAAGAGCGAGAAUCAACGCUGGUGCUUCAAAGGGACCCAGAAGGCAUCAUUGCAAGCUUCAUGCAAUGGUACGAUGGAGACCUGACACGGAGGCUGGUCUUCACGAACGAGACAGAGGUCGUGUGCACGCAGGGCCGGCUGUCCCUGCUCAAGGCCAAGACCGGUAUCGCGCGCCCCGAUAACAUGCGGCUCCUCAGCCUGUGGCGUCCGUUGCGGUCGCACAUCCGCCGGCUGAAAACCUCGCAGGCGAUGGUACGUGCCAUCGCUUAUCAGCGGGAGCGAGACUUCGUCAAGCACGGCCGCAUCAUCGGCCAAUUCAGAAACCAACAGCUUCUCUUUCUGGUCAAAGAAGCCAUGAAGGCACAUGGCCGUCGCGGUGACGUCGAGGUCUUCGACGGGAAGGUCGGAGGGCAGCCAAUGACCUUCGAGCAGCAGUACCGCCUCUUCAACGGCGCCUUCCUGGCCUUUGGGCCCCAGGGCACCGGACUCGCAAACAUCCUUUGGAUGCAGAACGCCGACUGCCACCGCCGGCCGGCGGUCAUUGAGUUCAUCUGCUCGGCGGACACCAUGCGCAGCGUUGGCUGCUGGAACUGGCAGAAGUCUCAGAAGGUGCUGAGCAUCAAGUCCACCUGGGCCAUCUCCGGCGGUGCCUUCUGGGCGCGCUACUUCCAUGUAUGGCUGCUCCGGGCGGCUCUGCCGCGGCAGCCAUCGUAUUUCAAGCUGGCCCUCCCCCUGAGCGCUUCCUCGGACGCUGCCAUGGCGCCGAAGGCAAAGAAAGCGGCGAAGUGGGAGCUGAAGCCCUUCACGGCCAAAGAGAAGGCGCCAUGGAAAGCUGCAGUGCAAAGUGUCCGAAAGGAGUUGAAGGUUCGAAAACGGGACCAUCCGGCACUCUUCAUGCUUGGGGCGGUGGGGAAGCAUCUCUAUGAAGCCGUCCAGGAGCAGUACAAGAAGGCGGGCAAGAAGACUUGGAAGCUGAAGAAGUUCAGCAAAAAGGAGAGUGCUCCUUGGAUCACUGCAGUUCAAAGCGCCAAGAAGCUCCUCCACAGCCGGUCGCGCGAGCACCCGGCACUCUUCCUGCUCUCCGUGGUGACGCCCUAA